AGAAAAACUUGCCUAAUGCGAGACACAGUGGCAGUGAAACAAGCACCAAAAUUGUUACUAAAUACCGCGUCUUUGCAUCAUGCUUCGGAGCUCACAAGGGGAUUCCAGACAAGUGGAGCAAGACGAUUGAUGGUUUCCAUGCUGAGGGAGAGCCUCGUCAUCGCACCAUUCCUGGCACUGGCUGUGCAUGACAUACACACACAUCUGCCACACAUACACACACACAUCCCCCCCACACACAGACUCGGUGCUGCAGUUGAGCUCUUUAUGCAAUUUUGCUCAAGCUUGGCCUGUUUUCAGGGAUCCACAAUCAUGCUUCCCAGAAUGCUGCCCAGAAUGCUGCCCCUUCACAUCUUUUCUGUGCUGUGGCUCUUUGUUGCUGUGACUGCGAGUUCCCUGCAGGAACCGUUUCCAAACCGUUUCGGUGAUGAGGUCGAGGCUUUGCCGGCGCUGGAGCAGAAGCCUCACGGGAGAGCUGGGCGUUUGCUGGGAGUGGAUCAUGGCGUUGUCUCUGAUCGACGCGGAGUUCGGGGGCGAAGCCUAAACGGAUUUGGAAGAGGGGGUGGGGGAUUCGGCGGUGGGGGAGGAGGACGCUUUAGACCGGGUCCAGGUCGUGGUGGCGAGCGAGGAGGUUGGGGUGGAGGCAGAGGGGGGGAAGUUCCUGGUGAAGGCGGCGAAGAAGGUGGUGGAGGUGGUGGAGGCGGAGGUGGAGGCGAUGGAGGCGAUGGAGGCGAUGGAAUCUGCAUAGGCUACUGCCCUGGUGGUGGUAUAGGAGGCGGAGGUGGCGGAGGUGGGUCAAGCAGCGCAUUCACAACAUCCUCAGAAUCCACAGAAUCCAUGGAAUCCACCACCCAAGUCACAACUCCCCCAUUCACAGCCGCAUCGACUCCAUCCACACCCUAGCAGAAUGUCAGAUCUUACCCAGUUGUAGAUCACGCUAGGUCACCGCAAUCUCAAUCCAGAAGCAGCCCAAGCUCGAUUGUGAAUAAGAUUUCUAGCCGCGUGUUCGAUGGAGUUCCACCAAACACUGCAGUGAGUAGGAGCCUUGCGUGGUAAGAAGUUCUAAUGGAACUGAUCCCCAUGCCGGUAACAGUAACAGUUCAGUUGUAUAUGGAAUAGAUUAAGAAUAGUUCGUCAUGCAGGCACUAAUUCAACCUCUCCCUUGACUUCAUUCUGGGAUAUCUUUCACCGCUGAUCAAACACAGUUGGGUCUUAAUUGACGUGCCUUUCAAACGUUUCUGGUGUGACUACUCACACGGGGGUUUAAUUACACACACUUGACGAGUGGCAGAAAUGUUACACCACCAGCGUCUGAUUUUGAAGCACGCCCACCCAGAACAUGAAAUGCAAGCAUUGUCGAACUUGACACUA